CUUUUGUUCUAUUGAUGAUUGAUAACUAAUCUAGACGGAGACUGUUCCCCUUUCUUCUCUGUCAGCUUCUGUCACCGUUUCGGCUUCUUCAACGGACAAAAAAUAUCUUCUUCCACUUUCCUGGAAAUAAAAAAGUGCUUUAAUUUUCAGGGGGGAUAAUGAUUUUGACCACUGACUUUGAUGUGUAUGAUAUGGGUGUAUGUUUUGCAUAAGGAAUAAAGUUUUCAGCUAUAUAUAGGAAACUGAUAUUAGAGAGUUGUCAUCCUCUGGGCGUUUGCUCAAAUGGGUAGGAGAAAAAGGAGAGCUUUCAGUUUUGAUGAGGCUGUGGAGUUUCUCAACCAUCUUAUAGCAGAGAAGCCUCUUCUUCCAUUCUUGUUCCCUCUGAUAUUGCUUGCUUGGGCUAUUGAGAGAUGGGUUUUCUCUUUCUCCAAUUGGGUUCCACUCGCUGUUGCUGUCUGGGCAGCCACACAGUAUGGGAAUUAUCAACGACGAAUACUUGUCGAAGACUUGAAUAAAAAAUGGAAGCGAAUCAUACGGAACACAGCACCAAUAACACCGCUGGAGCCCUGUGAAUGGCUGAAUAAGCUAUUGAUGGAAGUAUGGCCUAACUACAUGAACCCAAAGCUUUCAAUAAGGUUCAGAUCCAUUGUUGAGAAACGGUUAAAGCAUCGAAAAUCAAGGCUUAUAGAAAAAAUUGAAUUGCUGGAGUUUUCACUGGGUUCGAGCCCACCAAGCUUGGGUCUUCAUGGGACUUGCUGGUCAAGUUCAGGUGAUCAGCGAAUCAUGCGAUUGGGCUUUGACUGGGACACAGCUGAUAUGAGUAUUUUGUUGCUCGCUAAGCUGGCCAAGCCAUUUAUGGGGACUGCACGGAUUGUUAUAAAUAGCCUUCAUAUCAAGGGUGAUCUUCUCUUGAUGCCAGUUCUGGAUGGGAAGGAUAUUUUGUAUUCAUUUGUGUCAAUUCCUGAAGUGAGAAUUGGAGUUGCCUUUGGAAGUGGUGGAAGCCAAUCAUUACCUGCCACAGAAUUGCCUGGUGUUUCUUCUUGGUUGGUUAAACUUUUCAAUGAGACCUUAGUUAAGACAAUGGUUGAACCUCGCCGCCGUUGUUACUCUUUGCCAUCUGUAGAGCUAAGGAAGACGACUGUUGGUGGUAUUAUAUAUGUGUCGGUCAUUUCUGCAAGUAAACUUUCUAGGAGUUGCCUGAGAGGAAACUCAUCCAGAAAGCAGCAGAGUUCUUUUACAAAUGGUACUUCAGAAGAGCAGCCUGUUGUUAAAGAUCUUCAGACAUUUGUGGAAGUUGAACUUGAAGAGUUAACUAGGAGGACAGCUCUGAGUUCAGGUUCAAGUCCCACAUGGAAUUCAACAUUCAAUAUGGUUUUACAUGAAGAGUCAGGAACUAUACGAUUCCAUCUUUAUGAGUCUACACCAAGCAAUGUGAAGUAUGACUAUCUAGCAAGUUGUGAAAUUAAGAUGAAGUAUGUAGGAGAUGAUUCCACGACAUUUUGGGCAAUAGGACCUGACUCUGGUGUAAUAGCCAAGAAGGCGUUCUGCGGGGAAGAAGUUGAAAUGGUUAUUCCAUUUGAGGAGGUCCAUUUGGGGGAGUUGACAGUGAAGCUUGUAUUAAAAGAGUGGCAAUUCUCGGAUGGUUCACACACCUUCAACAGCUAUCAUUUUAGCUCACGUCAAUCAUCAUAUGGGUCAUCAAAUGUCCUGCCAAGAACUGGGAGGAAAAUUAGUAUUACUGUUGUGGAAGGGAAAGAUCUUAUUGUAAAAGACAAAUCUGGAAAAUCUGACCUAUAUGUUAAAUUGCAGUAUGGAAAGGCUCUCCAGAGGACAAGGACCGCUCAUACCAUAACUCCUAUCUGGAAUCAGAAGUUUGAAUUCGAUGAGAUAGUAGGUGGUGAAUAUCUUAAAAUAAAAUGCUUCAAUGAAGAAACCUUCGGAGAUGACAACAUCGGUUCUGCACGAGUAAAUUUGGAAGGACUGGUGGAAGGAUCAGCCAGGGAUGUAUGGGUCCCCCUUGAACAAGUGAACUCAGGAGAGCUAAGGCUUCAAAUAGAAGCAGUCAGAGUUGAUGACUAUGAAGGAUCAAGGGGUUCAACCACAGGUUCAACCAUAGGUUCAGGUAGUGGCUGGAUUGAACUUGUUCUCAUUGAAGCAAAAGAACUUGUUGCAGCUGAUCUCAGAGGGACAAGUGAUCCCUAUGUCAGAGUACAAUAUGGAAACUUGAAGAAAAGAACAAAGGUUAUGUAUAAAACUCUGAAUCCCCAAUGGAAUCAGACCUUGGAGUUCCCUGAUGAUGGCAGCCCCCUGUUUUUGCACGUUAAAGACCACAAUGCUUUACUGCCCACAUCAAAUAUAGGGGAUUGUGUUGUAGAAUAUCAGAGAUUGGCUCCCAAUCAGAUGUCUGACAAGUGGAUACCUCUCCAAGGGGUGAAAAGGGGAGAGAUUCAUAUUCAAGUUACAAGAAAAGUUCCAGAAAUACAGAAGAAAGCUAGUUUAGAUUCUGAACCGUCCUUAACUAGAGCACACCAAAUCUCUAGCCAGAUGAAACAAACAAUGAACAAGUUUCAAUCUUUAAUCGAGGAGGGCAAUCUUGAUGGACUCUCAAUAGCUCUGAGUGACAUAGAAAGCCUCGAGGGUAUGCAAGAAGAGUACAUGGUACAGCUUGAGACAGAGCAAAUGCUUCUAAUUAACAAGAUAACAGAGCUUGGUCAGGAAGUUUUUAGCACAUCUCCUUCCUUGAGCAGAAAAUAUUCAGGCAGUUGAACCCUUCCUAAUGAUUAUUUUGUCCAUAUAGUUUGCUUACAGGAAAACCAUUACAGCUAGAUAAAGAGUACAUGGUUUUCCAACUAAUAAGUCUUAUGGUUCAUGUCACCUUCAGGUUGUGUAUAUCAAAGAUGGGAUGCUUGAUAUCUUUAUAAUAUCAGGUUUAAGUUUUUUCUUUUUUUCC